AUUUCUAUGUUCUUAAACAUAAAGAAAUUGGAAGCUGCUCCUUUAAGUUGGAUGCACUUGUUUUACAAGACUCUCCCUAUAACCUUCCCCGUCUCUAUUUUCCAACUUUCUUCUCUGUUGAAUCUGGAUAAGUUUUGGUCUUUAUAGCUGCUUAGAAGCUAGUUAAAGAGGACAAAGAUGUCUCAAUUACCAGGCUCGGGUGGUGAUGGUUCUCUCUAUGGGAUUCUCUCUAAACAUCUAAAAUCAAGAACCUCUGAAUUUUCUACAUCUGAGAGCUCCACAACUUAUGGUGACAAUUUUGCUGAUAGAAUGACAAAGUGCUCACAAGAGUUAGAGAUGUAUGAUUCAGCCAGUACAUCAAAUAAAUAUAAUCCUUUGAAGAAGUAUGAUUUGGUUGAUGAGAAUUUUAAAUCAAGAGAUACCUUGCAAUCACUGGUGCAAUCUUCUUUUGCUUGUAGACACAAACCUGAAUGUUGCCAAAUGGCCUUCAUGUCUUCGAGAAAACAUUUGCUUCAGAACAAGUCAGCCACAAAAAUCUCAUGGAGAGACAGUCAAGUGGGCAAGGAUUCAUUCAGCUCUCAACUUAUAAAACCAUGUUUCGAGUGUCAAGUAGAGAAGAAACCUCAUCAAUCUCCUACUAACGAAAGUAUCUGCGUUUCAUCGAGCAAUGUCACUCUAGAAACAUCAAAAAAGAGGCGGAUUACGUGGACCGAUGAUCUUCACAAGCAAUUUUCUGAAUGUGUAUAUCAACUUGGAGGAGCCAAAAAGGCAACACCAAAGGCAAUUCUUAAGCUAAUGAAUUGUGAUGGACUGACCAUUACAAAUAUUAAAAGUCACUUGCAGAAAUAUCGUGUUACCUGCGAUGUAACGAUAUCCCCCAAAGAUGCAGAUAAAAAUGAAGGAUCACAUCGUACAAGUUCACUGCCAGCGCAUGCUCCAACAACGUAUCCGCAAAUAUGGGAGGCUUUGAAGCUGCAAAUAAGUGUCCAGCAGACCCUACAGGAACAACUCGAGAUUCAAAGAAGCUUACAAUUGCGGAUUGAAGAACAAGCAAAGCAGCUCAGGGAAAUGUUAAAUCGCCCAGCAGAAAGUAAAAAAAAUCCCGAACAUAGCACUUAAAUUGUCUUUCAUCUAAGUUUGCCACAAAAAAAGAAAAAAAAGAACUUAUCAUUGACCAAAAUUAAGCAACUUCAUCUUGGGCAUGCCCGUCCUCAAGCAUAUCGCUUAGAAUUCGUGCAAGAAAAUAUUCAUUAUAGUAUAAAUUUACUUAUUCUAGAAGGCUAAGGUUUUAGAAAAAGAGUCAUUUUUCGUUACCAGGGUGUUCUUUUUAAUUCAAACAAAAUUGUAAAAUGCUCUUUUAAAAGUAGUUCUCGAGUACUGUGUCUGGUGUUGACUAGAUUCUAGACCAAUGAACGAUUAUAUCAAUAUCGUUGCAAGUAUGUUAUCUAUAGUAUGCACGAUUGCAUAUGGCUUUUGAUGCAGCUAAGAGAAAAAAAAAAAGUUUCUGAAAGUUAAUUUGUGAAGAUAGUUGCAAUUGAUUCUUAUUUGGGGAAAGAGAGAGAUGAGAAGAGACAAAACUAUUUGUCCUGAU